ACCGGAAAGAGUUAUAUGGAUAUGUAUACUUACAAUUAGUUGUGUAUAAAACAGUUCAUCAAUUUUUAUACAAUGUAAAGAUGAAUUGUAAUAUAAACACGCCUAAGUACGAAAAGAAAACGGAGUUCUCAAUCUUCAUUUGAUCAAAGACAAAAUCGAAGCUAUUAUACCUAUCAAACGUUUGUACUCUUAAAAUUAUUCACAAUUUACAACUCAUUAAUCUGAAGACAGUCACAUAACAAACGAGAGGAAGCCGUGACGAAAUGAUUAGGGAAUACUUAAGGGAUCGGCAUAAAUUUUCCAAGGGAAAAUCGUACUAAUCGGGAUUUACCGAUUGGAUUAUGAAAUCAUGCUUUCUAUGGUUCUUUCCGGUAUUUAUUGCAACUAUUCUCGUUAAUAUAGGAAGGUAUAUAAACAUAAACACCAACAUCAUACUUGUUUUAUUUAAAGUUCAAUUGUACAAUUAGAAGAAUGUUAUUAUUAAUUAAUUAUAUGAAACUGAGACUAUAACAUUUCAUUUAAAAAUAUAUGCUUCAUCACGUUACUGUUGCGAAUGUAGGGUGAUGGGUGUUAAUACUUUCAAACAUGAACAAAACAUUGGCACGGUGUUAUUUGAGAAAAGUGAUACAGCUAAACAUUGUUGGACCACGGAGGAAUUUAUUAUCUUAAAUAGUCGACGAAUGUUUCAAGAUCUCUUACCAAAGGUGAAAGUUCUAAAUUAUGAGAACGAUCGGUACAUCGCGCUGCUGAUGGAUUACUUUCACAUUUGUCUGGAAAACGUGCGUAAGCUGUCGAUAGGAAAAACGAAGCACCUGAUGCUGAAAGCCCUGGCGGACACGAUGGGCGGUUACUUGCAGGUUUACAUUUUGCCCCUCACCAAACACUCCUAUUACGCGGGCAACGUAAAGUACCGAAAUGCUAGAAAACUAUUCGAACUGUACGAACAGCUGAAGGUUUUUUUACGAAGCAACGGAGCUGGUUGGCUAAAUCCUUCGAAGAAGAUAAAACAGACGAAGAUUCAAGCGAUAGUGAUUACGUCGCCGAAAUCGUCGUCGGUUGCGUGCGAUGGGGUUAUUACUUACUCUGCAUCUUCGAUCGCUAACAGGCGAGAGACGAAACGUUUCACGUUCAAGCAGAAAAAGAGGCAUGUUCCGAAGCACAAAAUUAAAAGUACAAAUCCGAGGCACAAAGAUGAAUCUGAUCGAGACAACGAAUCGAUUAUCAUCCCUCUUCCUUUCCUGGACGACGAUACACAGCCAAAUAGUAUCGCGUUACCUUUUAAGAAGAACACCUUGCAGUCUUUAUACAGUGAACGAUCGACUUUUGCAUUGGUCAAAUACUACAUAGCUAGCGUGAAGUGUAUCGUCUCGAAAUCGAGAGAAAAAACUGAGCUGGAGGCCUUUAAUCGGGAGUUUUACGAUUGGCUGCAGCAAUCCGUGCAACGACACCUUGAUGAUGAGAAAUGGUACCCGGCGUUCGGCGGUGUAUUGAGGGUGAUCGCCUCGUUGGAGGAAGCAGGCGCGGGAACCGGUCCUACUAAGGGAGCAAAAAGUGGAACGUAUGAGAUUAUGCCCAAAACAGACAUGCAACAAACUAUUGAGCCCGAGGAAGCCGUGCCACCUCUGUACAAAGAAGAGGAAACGGGAGUCCCACUAGGAACGGCCGAAUUAAUAUCGAUUGCAGUGGUGAGCGCGUUACUAGUGUGGUUGCUGGUGGGCUUGAGUUUGGUCUGCUACAGAUUCCUUACGAAACACUCGGACGAGUGCGUCUCAUAUGAACCACAGGAUCCUCCAGUUGCUGUUUUGUACGAAAAUAAAGAAUACUGCCAACCUGAUACGUGUCCAACACAAUCACCUCGUAAGAGUUUGCUGGAAAGAAUUAAGGAUUAUUGGAAGAACAGGUUUGGUAAAUGUCAUGGAGGUUGUCAAGAUCGUAUGGACGAGGAACGUUGUUUAGCCGCAAUUAGUUAUACUAGCAAAGACACGAUCGACGUUAGUCAUAGUAGCAGAAGUUAUCAGAAAAGGAAAAUAAAUAAAUCGGUUUCAGCGAUGUUAUCGUGUCAUCGAAAGGAGCAUGUUCCCAUCAGAAAAGUUUGUUAUAGUUCAGAUGGCUCGUUAACCACGAAUACGGAGAGUCCGGAGAGCAAACCCAGAUAAUAAAAGGUUAUAAGUUUUCAUUUAUCUUUUAAUACAUCCCUUUUUAGUAUGUACGACGUAAUAAAUACAAUCAAUUACAAAUAAAAUCACCUUUCUAAUUAUUGCUAUCUAAGUAUAAUAAUUUUUAAGUACGUUAUAUAAUAACUAGGUAUUUUUAUCCCUUUGAUAAUAAAAUUGUAAUGUUAUGAUAAUGUGACCGAUUUAGAAAAUAAUUAUUUUUUUAUCCUUACAAGACUUUAUAUUUCUAAUAUAAAAUAAUAUAAGUAAAAAAUACGUAAUGUAAUGUAAGAAUACGUCCAUUUAAACAAAAAAUUAAGAUAUUUUUAAUGAUUUUCUCCACAAAAUUUCAAAAAAUCUCUAACUUUUGUUCCCUACAUACGAUUUAUCAUGUUUUUUUUCGUGACCUUUAUACACUUAUUGCCCCAAUAAUAAUAAAUGAUUAAACACACGUUAAAAGAAUUUUUUCAUCUCGAAUCCCCGUCAAGAAUGACAAGGUGGCCAGUCCGUUAUCGUAGGGGACGCGAGAGGGCAGUUUUAAUUUUAUUACAAUCGCGUUCUGCAGAGGCGGCUAGCAGUCGAUUGCACUUUGUUAUGCCGGCCGCGUACGUGCGGAUUGCAUUCAAUGAAUGCACGUUCCCGAAGCGUGCAGCCGAAGAGCCACGCGCUGCAACUUGUUGCAACAGGGCCGCGGAGUCGAAUGCCGGCAUCUCCUGGUUUAUCAAACGCGUCGCAACAGCAGCGCCAUCUGGCCUCGGAAGCGUGUCGAGUGUCGGCCACGGCGAUCAGGACAGUCAGUGUCGCGCGAUACGUUUAAGGGUAAAGGUAUUUUGCGUUGUCCUCUCGAUAUACUUUCGAUCGUGUACUGUCGUCAGUGCUUCGAAUCGGUAAACAUUCCAUACUAAAUGUGAUACAAUUGAACUUCGUUACAUGCUUUCUUAUUCACGCUUGAUAAUACUCGUUGUCGAA